AUGCGUCUUUUGCCAACGCUCGCCACCGCGCUCCUCUUCGCAGUCAAUGUGACAGGAACUCCGGCCGUUGCUUCAGCCUCGGAAUCCGUCACCCCUGUCGCGAAUAUUGUGGAGGAGACCACCCCAGUACCCUCCGCCACUCAAGCAAACAAUGUCAACCAGGCCAAUGCCGCCGCAGCUGAGAGUACUCCUGCCGCCAACACAGUCGAAGCCGCCAACACGCCUACUACCGCUGCGGCUGCGGCUGCGGCUGCGAAUGAUGAAGAGACUACUGCGGCUGCAGAGACUGCUGACCCGACUACAGCUGACCCGACUACGGCUAACCCCGUGGAAUCAGCGGUCGGCGGCAUAAAGACUGCUCUUGGUGCUACUACGAAAGAAUCAACUGAGUCAGCCGCUGCAACCGCCCCCACUAAAACUGCUGAUAACUCGGCUGCCGAGACUACCUCCGUUGCCGAGACUACUUCCUCCGCUGCCUCUGCUGCAGGCACCUCGAGCGCCAAGUCCACCAGCUCUAGUAGCAGCUCCGAUAGCAGUCCUGAUAUCGCGGCAGACGUGAAAUCGGCAUUAUCGGGUUUGCUCGGUGGUAGUGGCAGUGGCGGCAUUGGGGACCUUCUCAGUGGCCUUGAAAGUCUGCUGAGCCCCAGCUUCUUGGGUAACUUCGCCGACACCUUUGAAUAUCUCUCUACCGGUCUAGCACCCCCGGUCGACAACCAGAUCCGAACCUUGGUGGGCAAUGCCAACGACCUCCUGACUUCAAGCUUCAUCAAGAAGACUGGCAGUCUCAUUGACAAUGCCAACAGCCUCUUGACUGAGGAGAACACCAAGGAGAUUGGCACCCUCCUCCAAGUGGCCAACAAGCUGUUGUCUAGCCAAUUUAUCGACAAGGUGGACAGCCUCAUCGACAACGCCAAUAACCUCCUCACCGCCGGUUUCGUCAAGAAGACCAACAACAUCAUUGAUAAGGCUAGCCCUCUUAUCGACAAAGCUGGCCCUCUUAUUGAGGAUGCGAGCGGUCUACUUACCGAGAAGAAUGUUCAGGCAAUUGAGUCACUCUUGACAAACGCCAACACGCUGCUCACAGCCACAUUUAUCAAGGAGACCGGCAACCUCAUCGGCAAGGCCAGCCCUCUUAUCGACGACGUCAGUGGCUUGCUCACGGAGGGCAAUGUCAAGGCAAUCGAGUCACUCUUGGCUAAUGCCAACAAGCUGCUCACGCCCAGCUUUAUCUCGAUUACCGGCAAGCUCAUCCAACAGGCCGGUCCUCUUAUCAACCAGGCUAGCGGUCUUCUCACCGCGGGCAAUGUUAAGGAGAUUGAAUCACUCCUGAACAAUGCAAACACGCUGCUUACGCCCACGUUCAUCUCGACUACCGGCAAGCUUAUCAAGCAGGCUGGUCCCCUUAUUAGCCAGGCCAGCGGUCUCCUCACCGAGGAAAAUGUCAAGGAGAUUGAAUCGCUCUUGGGCAAUGCCAACAAGCUGCUUACGCCAAGCUUUAUUUCGACUACUGGAACCCUCAUCAAGCAGGCUGGUCCCCUCAUCAACCAGGCUAGCGGUCUUCUCACCGCGGGCAAUGUUAAGGAGAUCGAGACUCUCAUUGGCAAUGCCAAUAGUCUGCUGACUACCAGCUUUGUCAACCAGACCACUAGCCUGAUCGACGAAGCUAGUGAGCUCUUGAGUUCGGAUACCAUUGACAGCCUGAAGUCUCUCCUCGUUCAGCUCGCUCCUAUCAUUCCUGAGCUGAAGGGCCUGCUCAAGCCAGCCACUAUUAAGGCAAUCGAGAACGUGCUUAGCAACGCUAACAAGCUGCUCACGGACUCUUUCGUCAAGGAUACCAACACCUUGGUCACCGAGGCUGUCGCCCUUCUGACUCCCGACCUGGUCAAGGCUCUGAAGUCGCUCCUCAGCGAUCUCACUCCCCUGAUCCCCGAGUUAAAGUCGCUGUUGACCAAGGACAUGAUCAAUUCGAUAGAGACCCUCCUGAACAACGCCGGAGACCUGCUCACAUCAGACUUCGUCAAGGACACCAAGAGCCUGGUCGGCGAGGCCGGCGACCUUCUCACUCCAGAGGUGGCCAAUGGACUGAAGUCGAUUUUGAAGGACGUCAUUCCUCUGCUGCCAGAGCUCAAGUCUCUUCUGAACAAGAGUACCAUUACCGCCAUUGGUUCUCUCUUGUCCAACGCCAACACCUUGUUGACCCCCAAGUUCGUCAACGAGACCAUUGGUCUGGUCGACAGCGCCGACGACCUCCUGACCCCAACCAUCGUCACUGGACUGAAGGAUCUCCUCGGCGACGUCGUCCCCCUGCUCCCCGACCUCAGAAAGUCUCUGCUGAACACAACAAUCAUCACCGACCUGGGAUACAUCGUAACCAACGCUACCACUUUGCUCACGCCCGCCUUCGUCGAGGACACCACCGACCUCGUCGAGAACGCCGAUGGCCUCCUCACCCCCAAGGUAGUCACCACGCUCAAGGAGAUUCUUGGAUACGUGCCCGACUUGUUGCCCGAGGUGAAGAAGUUGCUCAAGCCUUCUGUUAUUUCGGAUGUUGGCGCGCUCUUGGAGAACGCUCAUGAUCUCCUCACUCCUAAGUUCGUCAAUGAGACAACCCUCCUGAUCGAUGAUGUUACAAGCUUCUUGCCUUUGGUUCAGGAAUUGCUCAAGGCGCUGUGA